AUAGGCCUCCUGUAAAAAGGUCGAUGAGGGUUUGGAUGGCUUACUCAAAUGUUUCAUAUCUUAGGCAUGUUUUACUGAAAACCUGCCAGCCGUGGAAGUACCGUGGGCACCUCAGGGACGAACCGACGUCAGCAGCAUGCCAAAGAGAAAGAAAAAUGGACUUAGUCCAAACCGAGUGUCUGCACAGACGGGCGAAUACCGGAGUGUUUCUGAUGUUCGCGUUCAGACGGCUGACGGAGCCAGUUUAACACGGGUAGCCCCAAGGGACCAAGGUAACGCGGGAUCCAUGCUGCCCACAUCCAACCAGUCGAGCUUUCAAGGCAAAGACGAAAUCGUGAAACGCAUGCAAGAGAUGUUUUCGCACUUGGAUCCUGUGGUUAUCGAUAUUGUACUUUCUGAAGCCGAUUUUAAAGUGGAGAAUGCAAUGGAUGCUCUUCUGGAGCUGUCUGAUGCUGCUGAAGGCAAGCCCAUGCCUCCUCCCCCACUCUCAGGCUUUGAGAUGGCUGCUGCUCUCCUUGAUCCACGCACCCCUAAGACAGAACCUGCCACAGUGGCAUCAGAGAGUUCCUCAGCAUCAGAAGUAGCAUGUCUUACAGAAGAGUUUGACUCUCUUAUUGAUCUGGAACUGGAGAGUUUAAAAUCACUACAAAGUCAGCCUAGUGACCACCCAUCACCAUCCUCUGUUCCUCUCUCUUCCUUGCAUCUUCCUUCUCAGUCAGUCUGUCCCUCCUCUCUACCAGCUCAGAACAUUCCCCCAGGUCAUCCAACCAUAUCAGUAUUUGAGCAUUUAGACAUGGGAAAUCUAAAUGGAGGCACUUCACCAAAAAAAGAACUUAGUUUUGGGGGUGUGUCUGUGCCUAAUGAGAACGAUGUGUCUGUCGACUAUAGUCACUUGACAGAGGAUUCCAGCUCAGAUGGUCCAAGGCCUUCUGCCUUUAAGGCCUACCGUAGACCUGAUCAGUUUAUGAACCUGAAGGAUAUAACAUCAACUGUCCCAUAUUCUGAGGGCCUGCACACCCCAGCCAUGUUUUGGAACAUUCAGGCUCCAGAGUUCCAGCCUUGUGCAGAAGGACCGACUUUCAUCACUCCUAUUAUGCAAGCUUCUAAUCGUUGGAGCACUUUCUCUGCUGCACAGUGGUUGGCCCCCAGGCCUUUCAGUCAAGCUCCUCUGAAGCCAUCAGCCACUAUUCCCAAGUCAUGGACCCUCCCAUCUCAGAGUCGACUCAGAUUGGAAGGUCAGGUAUUGGUGCUGCUCAGAGGUGCUCCAGGAUCAGGCAAAACCACACUUGCCAGUGCAAUGUUGGAACAAAACCCGAGCGGGGUUGUAUUAAGUACAGAUGAGUACUUCAUCCAAAAUGGGGUGUACCAUUUCAAUCCAGAAUUGCUAGGAGAGGCUCAUGCAUGGAACCAUCAAAGAGCAAGAGAAGCUUUUGAGACUGGUCUUACACCUAUAAUAAUAGACAACACCAACUUGCAGUGCUGGGAGAUGAAGCCCUAUGUUGCCAUGGCACUGAAGCACACGUAUAGAGUGUUGUUCCGUGAGCCAGACACCUGGUGGAAAACCAAACCCAAAGAAUUGGAGAAGCGUACUAAACAUGGAGUAACAAAAGAGAAGAUUAGAAGAAUGCUAGAGCACCAAGACCGAUAUGUGUCUGUCAAGAAUAUCAUGUCUUCACAGCCCAAAGUAACAGCUAUCUUUGGUGUUGAUGUGGAUGUGUCUCAAACAGACCCAGCACAGAAAAAUUUAAUGGUUGGCCUAUGCUGUCCUGACCUAGUGGGUGACCCUGGAUUUGUUAAACCUGGUGGCCACCUCUCAUCCUCCCUACCUGAUGUUUCUUCAGUUGCUGGGAAAUGUAGUCCCAGCUCAGCAAAUAUAUGUGCAGAGACUGAGUUACACAGGUCCAAAGAAUUCAUAGAAUCCUGCCAGAUGAAUUCUACUGAACAAGUUGGAAUGCCACAGCCUGAGCUGUUAGAUGGAGCGAACCUGGACUGGGAGAUAGAUGCGUGUGUUUCACAAUCUCAGAUUUGGGAACUAAAUAAAGACAUAAAUGAAGACCCUGGCAUGUUGGAAGAGAGGGUCCUUGACCAGCCUGUGGUCUUCUCAACAUCCAUUGGCCAGCGAGUUAGGAGAGAGAGAGACCGUAACAGAUUUGCAGAUAAAGUUGUCAUCAGUCAGCAGCCUCUGAACUUUGAACUUAACGACUGCUCUGAAAAGCAAGUCAAACCAGGUAAUGAUGCUAAGGAAGACUGCAUUGUUGGUAGUGUUGAAACAGUUGGAAUGAAACCGGAACUACUAAAUUUUGUUGGAGACUGGCCGUGUGCAAGCCUGAAACAGCGCGCACAACGUGAUUGGAAGUCAGUGUCUCAGACAUUGAAAACCCAAAUUCAAUCCAAGGAAAAAUCUAACUUUGCAGAUGAUAUCAGUAAACAUCAUGAUGGGUUGUUGGGGCAUUCUGAUUGUAACAGAACUAAUAAAACAGAGUGUCAGAAGAAUCAAGAUCUUCUUCAAGGAGAUGACAACCACCUCAGCCAAGAAACAACUCGGGACUCUCCAACCUUCAGUGAGAAAAAGAAGUACCCAGGGAUAGAGGCCCACUGUGUACUCCCUGAUUGUGUUCUUGACUGGAAAUCUGGAAAAUCCACUGAUUGUGAAAAAGACUCCACUCAUUCUCAAAGCCCAACCAAAGAGCUUGAAACAGGCCAGGGUGGGUAUUCAAACAAAGACGCACAAAAAGCCAAUAUGGUUGUAGAGUCACAAGCAAAUGCUGGGAAAGGGGUGGGCAACAGGGUUUCAGAGGAGACAUAUAAGCCAUGCCUUACUGCUGACACAACACUAAGCUCGGGAGGUUUAAUGGAUCAUAAUGCUGAGGCCAGCCAGGAGAGAUGGAGAGGACCCGGUCGCAGGCCUGGGAAGUCCUGCCGACUGGCGCUUACGUUCACUAACCAAAGCCCAACCUCUGUCUGCAUAUCUGCAGACACUCCAGUCACUUUGCCAAAGUUAUCCAUCACGAUGCCUCCACUGGAGUCACAUUCAACAGCGCAGACAUGUUCAUCACAGACAGACGCUCAGGACUUUUCUCUGCUAUGGAGAAUCAACCACCAGAAGUAUUCUGAGCCAGAAGGCUCUACCAGGGGCGUAGUGGUUUUAGAGGGAAACCCUUUUCGUUUUGUGCCGGAAACUUUUAAAGGGAUCAACCCUGGCCAACAGGAGGUCCCAUACCGUAUGUGUCAUGAGAAAGGGUCACAGGUGGAGGAAAGUGACCUGAGAGAAUUACCCUUCAAACAGCACAGUCUGGAGAUACUGAGCCACUAUUUUAAACAUGUCCCCAUGGAGACAUUGGAGGAUCUGUACGAAAAAUGUUACCAGGACAUGGAGUGGACCACUAACUUGCUACUGGAUUCAGGUGAGCAGUUUUAUAAAGAUGAUGAGGAAGAUGGUUUGGACCCUCUGGUUGACAAGGAAGUUUACUUGGCUGAGUUCACUAAGGAUUGUCAGGUAACAGGGCAGUUGCGUGAGUCCUUGGCAGCCUCAGCAAUUAGCAGUGAGUGGUCAGGCGGACAGAUUGCAGAGCUAGCCAUAAGAACAGACUACCGUUCAAGUGUUGGCCCUGGUGCUGGAGAAUAUGAGGACAGCAAGCAGAAUGAUCUAGGCCGAGCAUCAGAAGACAUUGACAAAUGUUUAGAGCAUCAACUUAAAGGACCAAUGCAAGAGGGUACUGUUGAGGCACUUAAGUGCAUGUCCAAAGCUUCUGUAACACAUCCAUAUCAGUCUGUGGUGGAAUCCAGAAAACAACAGGAUACGUUGUUGUCUGAUUCUGCAGAGGCAAAAACGGCUCCACCAGAUGAAGUGACAUCAGUGUUACAAAGACAGAUUUUUAAUCAGUAUCUGGAGUGUGGUGAAGAGGUGGAAGGAGAAGAGAAAAAAGAGGAAGAAAAAGAGAUGAAAGAAGAAACACAUGCCGUAAUGGGGUCACUUCUGGCCAAGCUUGAAGAGAUGGAACAAAGGCAGGAGGAAGACAGAAAAAAAAAAGAAAAAGAGAGCAGUUGGAGAAGUGGAUCUAUGGACAUUAAAAUAUUGGAGUUAAAGCUACCCACAGAACUUGCUCUGCAGCUCACUGAGCUUUUUGGAUCUGUGGGGAUCUCUCCAGGUGAGUUUUCACCAGAAGAUUGCUCAGUGCUAAUGGACCUUAACUUUGCCAAACUGCUGCACCAGAAAUGGAAGGAAACCAUCCAGAACAAACAUAGACAAGCAGCUCUUUCAUAUCAUCUAUUGCAAGAGAGUUCUGUCUCCUGGGGUGAACCACAACCAACUACAGUUGGCCAGAGGGACUCGGCUGCUCAUUUCCUGAUUGGUGCAGAGGGAUAUUUGUCAGGUGUCCAAGAAGGCUUUCCAUUUAUGGACCACUGGAAUGUGUCCCACCCACGAGUAUCUCUCAGGGACAUCAUGAUUGAGGAGCAAGUGAUGCAGGACAGCUUGCAGAAGUCCAGGUUAUAUCAGCAUGAUUUGGACAAGAAAGAUGGAGCAACAAAAUUAAAGGAGAACCAACUUUUUACUCUCUUCCCCACCAUUGAUCGGCACUUCCUCAGAGAUAUCUUCACAAAUAACAAUUACUCGCUGGAACAAACGGAGCAGUUUUUGCAUGCGCUGUUGGAUGAUGGCCCGGUCAGAAACAUAGUAGCUCCCAAAAUCAGCCCUGAUCAUGAGGCACAUAGAGUACCUUAUAAAGAGAAGAAGUGGAAACAGAAGGAAGGGGAGCCAGAAGUGGCACUGUUCCAGGACACGGAGGAUCCGGAGUACGAGGAUUUCCGCACAGAAGCCAUGCUCCAGAGGCAGCGCCAACAGGAGUGUUUCAGCAAGGCUGCUGAAGCCUACAGACAGGGGUGCAAGGAUGUGGCCAGCUUCUACGCUCAGCAGGGUCGCUUACAUGGGCAGAAGAUGAAGGAAGCAAAUCAUCGUGCCGCCGUGCAAAUAUUUGAGCGUGUGAACGCUACUCUUCUGCCACAGAAUGUUCUGGAUCUCCACGGACUGCAUGUGGAUGAAGCGCUGCAGCACUUGCAGCUGGUCCUUGCUGACAAGACCUCAGAUUGGCAGCAGGGUUUAUGCCGCCCACAGCUGUCAGUCAUCACAGGAAGAGGCAAUCGCAGCCAGGGGGGUGUGGCCCGCAUCAGACCUGCCGUUCUCGACUACCUCAAGAGCAAGCACUACAGAUACUCUGAGCCCAAACCUGGCCUGAUGCUUGUUACUUUGCACUGAACCAAUAGUCAGCUGCUGCUGUGAAACAACGGGUCAUUGUCUCCCUGCACAAAUGUUACACAAUGUCCUCUCAUCCUUUUCCACAUUACCUAUUUUUCAUAGUAUUGUCUUCCUUCAGUCUCAUUUUCUCUCUUUCCCCAUACUUGUCUGUCUAAUUGUCUGUCUCCCUCUUUCUGCCCAAGUACAAACAUCUUUGAGUAUUCAUAAUCACCACUAAGGGUUCAUGCACCUGCCAGCACAACUGCGUAUGUAUCAUAUCUGUAAAUGUAACUUUUCUGUAUGUUGAUAAAAUAUGUUUACCAAAUAUAUAUUUAAAGUAGUUUAUUAAUGAAGGUGAUAACUAAUGAAAAUGUUAUGUAUUGGGGUACUUGCAUGGUUUAAUUUAAAAUGCAAAAGGAUUUAACUUAUUUUUUCUUGUAUCUUCAUUUAGAAAUGCAAAUAAGUUGCAUUUGUGGAAUACAUAUGAGGCUGAUUUUAUCAGUGUAUUAAUACCAGUGAAUAUUAAUGAAGUUAUGCCAAAGAAAAAUUAAUGAGUACAGUAUGUACUAACAUGUAUAAAUAACACACUCACUAAUUGAGCACUCAACAGUGGAACACCAUGUUGCCUAAUGCCAGUUAAAUACUUGUGGACCAGAACUUGAAAAUCAAGUUAUAUUAAGAGUAUCAGAUAUUUCUGGUUUUAUUUUAUGCUUAUUUAAGUACCCUCAGCAGCAUUUGGGAAAACACCUGGCUUCUUAAAAACUAACAGCAUCUAUCAUGUACUCUUUGAUCUUUAAAGCAGUAGUAUUCAGUGUCAGAUUUGCACUCUCACUCUCACUCUCUCUCUCUCUCUCUCACUCACUCUCUCUCUCGCACUCUCUCUCUCUCUCUCUCUCACUCACUCUCUCUCUCGCGCUCUCUCUCUCUCACUCACUCACUCACACCAGAUGAAAUAUCUUAGUAGCUUACUAUGGUGCCAGAAAACCACCCUUCCUGUACUGGUUAUAAUUGUAAGAGGCUGCACAGGGAAAAAAAAGGUGUGUUUUUUAAUGCUUAAUCAGUGUCUGGCCUAAUAUGACGGUUUUAAAUCCUCUACAUUAUUAUGUUCUGAUUUUAGUCUAAAUUAAAUUUUAUACAUAUUUAAGCCUUCAGUGCUAACCUUUUAAAAUUGACCUCGCAAUGCUGCUAUGUUGAACAACAUUGUUACUCUGUAACUGUACUUUGAUUUGUAUAUUUUGAAUGUAUAAAUGUUUUUUGUAAUGUG